GUUGCUGGGCUUGUAACCAUUCUGUGCAGCUCACGUCCUGGGCGCCCUGUUCCCUUGUAAGGACGAGACGCUGCCCCUGUUUUCCACGCUCUGUGGGCUUUUUGAAACUUUGAAUGCUUGGCCUCCCUUGAAACGACACCUCAAGAGCCAUUUUCUCUCUUCUUUUCCUUCUGCUCUCCAAGACACCAAGACAGACAGCCCUGCUGGCGCACCCUGAGCAGGGCACGUGGAGAAUGAGCGCUGCGGAAGGCGGCACGGAGCCCGCGGAGUGUGCUGACCCAUCAAGAGGAAAGAGCUCGACAAAUUCUCUUGAACGAAAGAUAAGGUGCCUGGAAAAACAGAGAAAAGAGCUCCUAGAGGUGAACCGGCAGUGGGACCAGCAGUUCCGAAGCAUGAAGGAGCUGUACGCCGGGAAGAAGGAAAAGCAGACCCUGAGCGAAGAAGUACACGCGUUGAAGAAAGAAAACAAGCUGUUGAAGGAGAACAAUGCUGCCAUGAGCAGGAGGAGGGAACAUUAUGAAUGUGAAAUCAAACGCCUUAACAAGGCUCUUCAGGAGGCCCUGAAGGUCGAGUGCUCUCCGCUUCCCGAGGACCGUCUGGGGGGGCCUGAGGCGGGGUGCGGGCACGAGGACAUGAGGACAGAGAUGGAGGUGCUCAAACAGCAGGUGCAGAUCUACGAGGAAGACUUCAGAAGGGAGAGGUCGGACCGAGAGAGACUCAACCAGGAGAAAGAGCAGCUGCAGCAAAUGAACCGGACGUCGCAAUCCCAGCUGAACCAGCUGAAGUCCAAGGUAAAAGCGUGCCGGCUGGAGCAAGAAAGGCUGGAACGGCAGUUGGAACAGAUGCGCAUCCUGCCCUGUCGCUGCGGCCUGGGUCUCCACCUGCCCGACGCGGCAGGCGCACCUGCCGACCCCGGGGCUGUGCCGGACCUGCCCAGGCUCCCGGUGAGUAAGCCGCUCCCGGCCUGCGGGCUGGCCCAGCGUGCUGCUGUCCUGAAAUCAGCCCGUCUCUGGAAUGUGGCACCUUAG